AUGGUGCAGCUGCUGGACGACCUGGGCCUCACGCACUCACCGCUGCUGGCGCCCGUCGCCCAGGGGGACGUGGACCAGUGGGGCGAUGAGGCCGGCGACGGAGGCAGUGCAGUGGGCGUGAGGCAGCUCUCCCUGGAGGCCUUCAAUGUGCCACUCGCGUCACCUCCUCCACCUCAAGGCCCCUCCUCUCCUCAGUCCCCCCAACACGAACACCCCUCCACUCCCGCACCCAUCACUACCACCAUGCCUGCCGCCUCGCUUGCACCUGCCGCACACCCUCCUGCCGCACCCCCUGCUGCCACACACGCGCGUGCACCGCCUGCCAGCCUGCCAGCCACCGCACCUGCGCCUUCGUCUGUGGUGCCGCCUGCUGCCACGGCCGUGAGGGCGGAUAUACCCGGGCCCGGGGUAGGGGCGGUUGGGCGAGGCAGUGCAGUGAGUGGCGGCACAAGGAGCAUGCCUCGCAGCGUGGGGGAAAUAGCGGUCAUGCACGCAGGGGGCGUGUUGCAGCAGCCACAGGGGCACGCGGACCCGCCCACAGCGCCACCAGCAGCAGCAGCAGCAGCAGCAGCAGCAGCAGUGCCGUCGCAGGGCCGGCAUGGCAGCAGCAGCAGCGGCGGGGCGGGGGGGGCAGUGCGGCCAUCGCUGGGGGCGUCCAAGUCGGGCCCCAUCUCACCCGCCGCCUACCUGGGCGCGCUCGCUGCCUCUGCUGGGCCGCUGGGAGGGCCGCUCACAGCCACAGCCGCCACAGGGGGGGGCAUGGGGGCAGGCAGCAGAGAGGUGGCGGUGCCUCGGGGCGUGGGUGCAGGCACAGCGGGGCGGGGCAGAGCGCCACACAUGGAGCCCUUUGCAGCGCAGAUGUCGGGCCCUCUUCCACGCCCUGAGUCCCUGCAGGGACCUUCAAGCACCGUCUCUGCCACCCCACCCACACCGCCUGUGCCUGCAGCAGCAGCACCUGCUGCCGCUGCCACCGCUGCUGCUGCGGGUCCCAAGCCCACCCCAGGCGGCGCCAAGCCUGCGCCUGGCGGCUCUGCGAUGCCAGGCGCAGCGCAGGGGGCUGCUGUGGGUGCUGGCGGGGGGGCGUCCUCUCUGAAGGUUCCUGGAAGCAGCGUGCAUGCGCUGGUGUCUCCGCGUCCCUCCGCCGCUGCACCUGCGCCAUUCCACCUGGCGCCGUCCGCCCAUGCCCCCCACCAUCCCCACCCCCCGGUGGCAGCGGGCAGCCGCGCAGUGAGUGGUCCCAUCACACGCGGGUCGCUGUACUCCGCCUUCGGCCUCCUGGGGGAUGCCCGCCCCGCUGCCACCGCUGCCACCACCACCACCACUGCUGCUGCUGCUGCGCGAACAGCAGUGCCGGGAGCAGCAGGGAGCACCCUUGGGGCGAGUGCAGCAGGAGCAGCAGCAGGGCGUGGCGGGGGUGGCGGGGUGAGUGCGGUGCGGCUGCACAAGUCGGGUCCCAUCGGCCCCUUCCACCCCUACUACUCCUCCCUCACCCCCCUCUCCCCUCCUCGCAACAUGCCUCUCCACGCCCUCCCCCCUCCUCCGUUCGACAUCCUCCCCACCCCUCCCGCUGCUGCCGCGGCAACUGGUGGUGCUGAAGGAGGCAACCAAGGUGCAGAUGGUGCUGGUGGUGGUGGCAGGGAUGGGGCGGGCAAGGGGAAUGCGGAGGGCAGAGCUGUGGCGAGUGGCAGUGCGUGUGCUGCAGGCAGUGGCAGCACAGCGGACAAACGGGUAAUGCGGGCGGAGGGGGCAUGGGCGGAGAAGGCAUGGGCGGAGGAGGCAUGGGCGCAGGAGGCAUGGGCGGAGGAGGCAUGGGCGGAAGAGGCAUGGGCGGAGGAGGCAUGGGCGGAGGAAGCAUGGGCGGAGGAGGCAUGGGCGGAGGAGGCAUGGGCGGAGGAGGCAUGGGCGCAGGAGGCAUGGGGGGAGGAGGCAUGGGCGGAGGAGGCAUGGGCGGAGGAGGCAUGGGCGGAGGAGGCAUGGGCGGAGGAGGCAUGGGCGGAGGAGGCAUGGGCGGAGGAGGCAUGGGCGGAGGAAGCAUGGGCGGAGGAGGCAUGGGCGGAGGAGGCAUGGGCGGAGGAGGCAUGGGCGCAGGAGGCAUGGGCGGAGGAGGCAUGGGCGGAGGAGGCAUGGGCGCAGGAGGCAUGGGCGGAGGAGGCAUGGGCGCAGGAGGCAUGGGCGCAGGAGGCAUGGGCGGAGGAGGCAUGGGCGGAGGAGGCAUGGGCGGAGGAGGCAUGGGCGGAGGAGGCAUGGGCGGAGGAGGCAUGGGCGGAGGAGGCAUGGGCGCAGGAGGCAUGGGCGGAGGAGGCAUGGGCGCAGGAGGCAUGGGGGGAGGAGGCAUGGGGGGAGGAGGCAUGGGGGGAGGAGGCAUGGGGGGAGGCAGCGGGUCAUCGGAGCAACGGGUGUCCGGGGUACGCAUGGCGGGUGCACGCCACGCUCUACUCGCCGCUGCAGCAGGCGCUGUCCUUGGCCGUGCCGCUCGCCCCCACACUCGCCUCCUCCGCCAUCCCCGUGGCCCUCAGCGGCACGUGCAAGAUGGGGCCCAUUGGCUUUGCCCUCAACGGCGUGCCCUUCUACAGUGCGUGUGACGCCCUGGGGCGGGACGCCCUGCAGUAUGAGGGCUCCACGUUUGACGCGUGUGGCGGCCACCCCACGCCCUCGGGCCAGUACCACUACCACGUCGCUCCCGGCGUCGCCAACCCCUCUGCCAUCUCCGCGUCUCGCUCCACCAACUUCAACCUCUGCAACGCGUCCUUCUGGCAGGACGCCCCCGGGCAGCACUCGCCGCUGCUGGGCUUCCUGGCGGACGCCAUUCCGCUCUUCGGCCCGCGGGGAGCGGGGGGGGCGCUGCCGGCAGGGGUGGACGAGUGCGGGGGGCACGUGGGCGACGGCAGUGGGGGCGAGCCGGCGUUCUACCACUACCACGCGAGCAGCACCGCGCCCUACACUGUCGCAUGCCUCAAGGGCUGCGUCUCCUCGUCCGACUGGGGCACCCUCGGCUCCGCCUCUUGCACCAAGGCCACCAAGCAAUAUGACUACUCAUCCCUGGCAGCAGUGCAGGCAGUGUGA